GAAUUUGAGUGCCAUAACAUGGUUUCUGCGAUGUAAUAAUCGAUUGGCGUGGUAUUACAGCUUACUAAAACAAGUGCGCUGGUUUGUGCCGACACGACUGGGUAUUGACCUACGGUUUGGCGGUGUGAAGCAACUGUUCACGCAGUCUGCGCUAUUAACACUUCACAUUGGACGAGGUCCAGACUUAACCCUUUAAAUCUUCUUUAUAUAACGAUUUUAUUCGUGCGUUCACAAAUUGAAAUUUGCCACGAUGAUCAUGAUGUAUCAAGAUCCACACCACAGAUGAUUUACGUUUGCUGUUUUAAAAUCUAGGUCGCCGACUUGACGAGGUGGAACGCGCUCGAAAUGGUAAUUAACCUGCCAUUGCAGAGCACCUUGAGAUUCCAUAGCAUCACGGGUGUCCCGUCGAAAAAUUAACCCUUUGAACGGUCGAUGACAUAUCGCCUGUAUCACGGGAAUUUAGUGGGUAAUUGUGGGUCACAGAUGGAACUGACGGAGUGACGUCACGCGAGAUUAUUAUGGGCUGUCGGCUCUGCUAAGCUGUAGGGAAAUGCAAUAUUUAAUCUCCGCAUACGUGAGCUGAAUAGCACAUUGAUAUACAUACCACUCUCUCACUCGCUCGGCAUGGAGCUCUCUCAAGUCGGAGACCAAGUGUUCGCUGCGGAAAGCAUUUUAAAGAGAAGGAUUCGUAAGGGCAAGGUGGAAUAUUUGGUGAAAUGGAAGGGAUGGAGCUUAAAACACUGCACAUGGGAACCGGCAGACAACAUUCUGGACACUCGGUUGUUGGAGAAUUUCAGGCAACAGUUACUGAGAGAACAAGAGAAGGGCUCGCCUUAUAAACGCAGGGGUCGAAAACCCAAGUGGUUACUUGAUCAGCAGGCCCGACAGCGAGCGGCUGAAGGACAGCAGAAACGAAAUUCAGAGAGCGAUCAGGGAAUUACGCGUCAUGAUAAUAGUGGCGGAUAUGCAGGUGACCUGCUAACAGCAGACGACACUUUUAGCUCGCGAGCUUUUAGUAGCGAUAAAUUUUUAAGAGAGGGAAAAAAUACCACGACUUCACCUGGCCAAGCAAGAACAGGGUACAACCUAGCCCUGCCCCGUCGAAAAGUGGGCCGGCCUCCGAAAAAUCGACUUCAGAUAAAAAGACCACGGGGACGCCCUCCUAAAAAUGCCAACACUUUUUCUGGUGUUUUUUCAUCGGUCAAGCAAAACUCAGGGCAGAAUUUCGACAAGACAUAUAAUUUAACGCCAGGAUUCAGUGGGGCUUUCUCAGAUAAGGGAGUGCCAUCGAACGUUGGGGUGAGGAGGCUUUCCCCCUGGGGAAAAACUCAGAGCAGCGGGGGUGUCUUGCCCCGAAGUUUUUCCACAGGGAUAUUAGAUGAGGGCGAUUGCAUAGAGGAGACGUCAUCUGUGUCCUCUUGUUCCACAGUGUCCUACGAUGGUUACGAUGACGUUAAUUGCCAAAGCGUUGACGCAUCAUUAGAUCUGAAUGUAUCCCCAUCCAAACAAAAUAACGAAAUGCACGAGAAUUGUAGUACAUCGUUACAAUCCACGUCAUUAACAACAAACGGAAAUAGUGUGACUGCUCUCCCGAAGAGUCGUUUCCUAAGAAAUAUUGGUGAUAUAGAAGAUGAGAAAAGCUUGGGUAAAAAACUCCAUUGGCAUCCCUCUGCUGAAGUGACGUCAACUUUGGAUUACGUAUUCAUCACUGACGUUACGUCACACCACACGACUGUGACGUUCCGAGAAAGCGUGAUCAAAGACGGAUUCUUUAGAAAUCGUGACGGAGAAGACAUCGAAAAGUGAAAUUAGUGUGGGAAAAUUUUGUUUUAGAAAUAGAAGCUUCCUAAUUUCAAACGGAGGCAUUAUUUUCUUCCUUCUCUUGGUCUGGCUUUUGGUCGAAAUUAGCUCGCUUUUCGUUCAAAUUUUUUUUACAUCUCCUCUUAUUUAAAUUUUACACCCGCCCUGGCUAGUUUUCUGCUAGAUA